GAUUUCAGAAUCCCGGAGAGUAGGAGGGUCUCUUCUCCUUGGAGCGCUCAUUCCACAAGCUGGUCUCACUUAGCACGUGGCAGAUUUAUUUUCAUUACUAAUAUUUUUACUCUUGUGCCUUCUGCCUCAGGUGUGCACUCACUUGGUGUGCCCACCUUUUAAGUGCAAGAACAGCAAACAGGCAACAUGAGUGAUUGGAGUGCCUUACACCAGCUCCUAGAAAAGGUUCAACCCUACUCCACAGCUGGAGGAAAGGUAUGGAUCAAGGUUCUUUUCAUUUUCCGCAUCCUGCUCCUGGGCACUGCUAUCGAGUCGGCUUGGAGUGACGAGCAGUUUGAGUUCCAUUGCGACACUCAGCAGCCUGGUUGUGAAAAUGUCUGCUAUGACCAUGCCUUCCCAAUCUCUCACAUGCGCCUCUGGGUCCUCCAGGUCAUUUUUGUAUCUGUGCCUACUCUCUUAUACCUGGCACAUGUGUACUAUGUGGUUCGACAGAAUAAGAAGUUGAACAAGCAAGAGGAAGAACUGGAAGGUGCUCAUUUUAAUGGGGCCAGCGUGGAAAGGCACUUGGAGACAAUUGCAGGAGAGCAGUUCAAGUGUGGCGGUGAAGAACAGAGUAAGGUGAAAAUGAGAGGCAGAUUGCUGCUAACCUACAUGGCCAGCAUCUUCUUCAAGUCUGUCUUCGAGGUGGCCUUCCUCCUGAUCCAGUGGUACAUUUAUGGAUUUACUCUGAGUGCCCUUUACAUCUGUGAGCAGUCUCCUUGCCCACAUCGGGUAGACUGCUUCCUCUCUCGCCCCACAGAGAAAACCAUCUUCAUCCUCUUCAUGUUUGUGGUGUCAGUGGUGUCUUUUGUCUUGGAUAUCAUUGAGCUGUUCUAUGUCUUAUUUAAGGCUAUUAAGAAUCGUAUGAGAAAAGAGGAGGAUGAGGUUUACUGUGAUGAGCUACAAUGCCCUUCCCAUGUCUCUUCGUCAACUCUUCUCUCCACCAUGGAUUCUAGUGAUCAGGUGGUUCCAGUGGAACUUUCUUCAGUCUGUAUUUAAAGUGAACAGAACCAUGUCAGUUACAAUGCAUGGUCAAGAGGGGGAGGGCAGGCAGGAAGUAUUCUUUCUGGCUUGUACUCAGCAUUUUCCCCCCAUUGUGAUGAUAAACAGAAUUCUCAGAGGGUUUUAGGUAGAAAAGCAAAGCAAAGCUAGUGGACAUUAACAUUGUAGAGCUAUCUAACAGUAGCCGUGACCCUACUUGAACAGCAGCUUCAUAACCUAGACAUUGUGACUUGUGCUUGAAAGCAUUGUGAAAGCAAAUUAUCUUUUCCCCUAAAAUAUAUCUUCCAAUUUAUUGAAUAAUACAUAAUAGUUUUGUUAAUUGCGAUGAGUUUUAUUUUUCUCUUAUAUACGUUAGCAGUAAUCCUAUUGCUAUGUAUUUUUUGUAAUCCUCUUGCUAUGUAGACCAUGUGUUUUCCUUCUCCAAGGUAGACGUAUAUUUAACUAAAUGAAUUGUACUGAAAACAGCACUCGGGAACACUAUACACUUAAAGGAGUGCUUAGAGGUAAACUACGAAAUGUGCCUACAGGAACUUGGCAGUAAUAGGCAUUCUUGGCUUUGUUCUAUGUAAUGCAUAUUAAUUCAGAUCUUACAUUCUGCAGUGAGUUUUACAGUCUUAUGGGAUGACUGGCAUUUUUCAUGUUCAUAAUUAAGAUUUUAUUUGGAGAGCAGAAGAAGGUGAAGGGGGUUGCCUAAUUCCUGUGUAAUUGACAAAACAUGUACAAGAAAAGGUACCCAUUUCUUCUAAUGCCUUUUAAAAUAUUCCACAGGUGAUUGAAAGUGCUGAGCUGCAGACUUUUCACUCUUGCAUGACAGCUCCACAUACCAUUUUAUACAAGAAAUAGUCAUUUGUUUACCAUGUGAUGUUAAGCUACUGUUAUGUUCAGCUUCAUUUCAUGCAAUGCAGGCUUAAUAUAUCUUGUUCUAGACAAUUCUUUAUUCAAUAAAGCCUUUUGA